AUGGUCUCCUUUGAUUGCAAGAUCCUGGUGGCAUCUAUAGCAGUCGCAGCGGUGUCAGCUGGCUAUCACGUGUCACCACCACCACCACCGCCGCCGCCGCCGCCGCCGACCACAGUUUCUCCAGACUGUUUCACUCUCUCUGCUCUCUAUGCCAACGGAACACAUGCAGGUCUCCUCUAUCUCUACGAGCACGCCGAGUCCCAUUAUGGGUCCCUCACGAACUAUCAACCAGGGGCAGCGAAACUGGCUCUGGACACCAGCACUGGCAGGCUGAUCGACUAUGAAAGCGCCCCAAAUCACAAUGGACUCAUUGCAGCAGCCUAUCGAAAUGCAGGUUUCUUUUCUGAAGUAUUCUUUAAGACAGAUGCACAACUCCAGGGUAUCUCUGAUUAUAUUGCACUCAAAUGCGAGCUAAGCAGUACUGGUAUCCUCACCUGCAAUCAUCCAAUGAAUGCAAAAAAUUUCUUUCAAUGUAAGUCGUCAUACUCCGAGGUGUCAGAUGUCAGCCUACUCUGA